AUGGAAGUAUUAAUAAAAUUACUUGUUUUAGAUCUAUGUUGUAUAUACGGGAUCAAUGGUGCAAGUUAUAAAAUUGAUAAUAGCGUUGGAUAUGGCAGAACAUUUGAUGGUAUUGGCGCCAUUAGUGGUGGAGGGGCAACAUCUAAAUUGUUGAUUAACUACCCAACAGAGCAGAGAUCACAGAUACUAGAUUAUCUAUUUAAGCCAAAUUUUGGUGCCUCUUUACAAAUAUUCAAGGUGGAAAUAGGUGGUGAUAUACAAAGUACAGAUGGAACAGAAGCAUCUCACAUGCACAAUAGUUGGGAUGAGAAUUAUAAUCGUGGUUAUGAAUGGUGGAUGAUGAAAGAAGCUAAAAAGAGGAAUCCAGAUAUUAAACUGUAUGGAUUACCAUGGGGAUUUCCAGGAUUUUUAAAGGACGCUUACGACAGACCGUGGGGUAAUAUACAGUCAACAGCUGAUUAUAUAGUUAAAUGGGUUAAUGGAGCACAUGUGUAUCAUAAUCUCACUAUGGAUUAUAUAGGAAUUUGGAACGAAAGCCCCUACAAUAUAACUUAUAUAAAGACACUAAGGAAGUCUCUUGAUAAUGCUGGUUUUGGUAAAACUAUGAUCAUAGCCAGUGAUCAAAAUGGUUGGCAUAUAGCAGGUGAUAUGGACAAAGAUGCUGAAUUAAAAGAUGCGAUUUUUGGCCUCGGAUCCCAUUAUCCAGGUACCUACUCAACCCAGACAGCUUUCACUCUAAAUAAACCAUUGUGGGCAUCUGAAGAUUGGGGGUGUCCUGAUGAAUUGACAGGUCCAGGGUGUUUGGCCAGAACUCUGAAUCAAAAUUAUGUGAAUGGCUAUAUGACAUCUACAAUAAUUUGGAAUAUAAUAUCAAGUUAUUAUUAUGGAUUACCGUGGUAUAAUUCUGGUAUUAUGACGGCAUCUGAGCCCUGGUCUGGUCAUUAUAUUGUUCCCCAAAAUAUAUGGGUGACAGCUCAUACGACCCAAUUCACAUCUAUUGGUUGGAAAUAUUUAAAACAUGGAUAUGGUGUUGGUAAAUUAAAUGAAGGAGGUAGUUACGUUGUAUUAAUCAGUCCAGAUGAACAAGAUUUAACUAUCAUAAUAGAGACAUUGAGCCACGAUUCUUCGAUCUGCACACGCCCACCACUGGCACCUUAUAAUGUAGUUGCUGGACAAACAGCAACUUUUAAACUGGCAGGAAUCCUGAAACAAAGAUUUACGUCAUUGAAUACAUGGUAUAGUAAAAUAGGUUAUUACAAAUUUCCUUCUGUUUCAUUUGAAAACAGAGGACCUUCAACGUUAUUCUCUGAUAUCAAGAGUCCAGUUUAUGACUGA